AUGUCUGACAACGGCGAAAUCGAGGUCGAGAGCCAGGGCUACCCCGUCCUGCCCAAGGAGGUCACCGAGGAGAUUGGCAGCAUCAAGCUGUUCAACAAGUGGUCCUACGAGGAAGUCGAGGUCCGCGACAUCUCGCUCACCGACUACAUCCAGAUCCGCUCGCCUGUCUACACAUCGCACUCCGCCGGCCGCUAUGCCGUCAAGAGGUUCAGGAAGGCCCAGUGCCCCAUCAUUGAGCGCCUCACCAACUCGCUCAUGAUGAACGGCCGCAACAACGGAAAGAAGCUCAUGGCUGUCCGCAUCGUCGCUCACGCCUUCGAGAUUGUCCACAUCAUGACCGACCAGAACCCCAUCCAGGUCGCCGUUGAUGCCAUCGUCAACUGUGGUCCCCGCGAAGACUCAACCCGUAUCGGUUCCGCCGGUACCGUCCGUCGCCAGGCCGUCGAUGUCUCACCCCUCCGCCGCGUCAACCAGGCCAUUGCCCUCCUGACCAUCGGUGCCCGUGAGGCCGCUUUCCGCAACGUCAAGACCAUUGCCGAGUGCCUCGCUGAGGAGCUUAUCAACGCCGCCAAGGGAUCCUCCAACUCGUACGCCAUCAAGAAGAAGGACGAGCUCGAGCGUGUCGCCAAGUCCAACCGAUAA